AUGUCCGCUCCAGACGCCAUCAUAAUCGGUGCUGGGCCUGCGGGCAUCUCCAUGGCCUACACUUUGAAGCAUGAACUUGGCUUCGAUGAUUUCACCAUAUACGAAAAGCUGGAUGGUGUCGGUGGAACAUGGCAGACGAACAAGUACCCCGGCGUCGGCUGCGACGUCCCCACCAUCCUCUACUCGUUCCACUUCAAUCUUAACCCCAACUGGUCUAAAGAGCUAUGUGACGGACCCGAGAUAUUGGACUAUAUGAAUGCUACAGUCGAUAAGUUUGAUCUGCGAAAGCACAUGCACUUUAGCAUUGAGUGCGUUGGCGCUACGUGGAAUGCCAAUAGCAAUAAAUGGGACGUUAGAUUUCGGGAUUCGAAAACGAAGUUAGAAUUCAUUAGGAAUGCUACGGUCUUCAUCAGUGCAGUGGGAGGCAUUAGCCGACCGCGGGAUACACGCUUCGAAGGUAUGGACAAGUUCAAGGGAGCGUUAUUUCAUACGGCGAGAUGGGACCAUUCGUAUGAUUACAAGGGGAAAAGGAUGGCUAUUAUCGGUAAUGGAUGUUCCGCCGCGCAGGUCGUGCCUACGGUCAAGAAAGAAGCUGCUUUUAUCACGCAGUACGCUAGAUCGGCGCAAUGGUAUCACGAACGUCCAAACAGGUAUUUUACGCGCCUGGAGAAGUUAGCGUUCCAAUAUCUUCCGUUGUGGGAGCGAUGGAAGAGGUUGCAACUGUUUCUGGAAAACGACGAUCUCGUUGCGACUUACAUGCCUGGUGUGACCGCAGCAAAGAAGAGAAAAAAGGUCGAGGCUUAUGCGAAGAAUUACAUCUACUCUAGGACGCCGGAGAAGUAUCAUGAUUUCAUUGUGCCCGACUUCCCACUUGGCUGUAAACGCCGCAUUUUCGACCCCAACUACCUCGACGCCCUGAACGCACCCAACGUGGAGUUAGUUCCAGAAGGAAUUCGGGAAAUCAACGAGACCGGGAUCAUCAGCUCCAGCGGCAGACAAGAAAAUUUCGACGUCAUCGUCCUCGCGACCGGCUUCCAAGUGCAACAAUUUCUUACGCCCAUGGAAAUCAUCGGCAAAGAAGGCAAAUCGCUGAACCAACAGUGGAAAGAGCAUCGCGGCGCACAAGCCUACAUGGGUUCCUAUGUACACAAUUUUCCCAACCUAGCUAUCCUAUUUGGACCAAACACCUUUCCCGCCCAUAACUCCGCCCUCUUCGCCAUCGAAGUCCAAGUCUCCUUUGUCGCCCGUACCCUCCUCGCGCCCCUCAUCGAUCGCCGCUUCUCUACCUUCGAAGUGAAGCCCACUGCCGAGAACCAAUGGGUGAAUUCCAUUCACCAGCAGCUGCAAGGCUCGGUGUUUGAUGCUGGCUGCUCGAACUGGUACAUCAAUGAGCACGGGCGGAAUGCAGCGAGCUGGCCGGGAUACGCGAGCAUGUUUUGGAGGGAGACGUGGGUGCCGAGGUUUGGUGUAUUUGCAAAAAGUGGUGGGGAUAACAAGUGGGUUUUGAGGAGGAUGUGGAGGUGGUUGCGGACGAUGGGGUGGUCGGGGAGGGUUUUGGCGUUGCUGUGUGUGCUUGUUGCGCUGGGAAGGAGAGGCGUUGAUUUGGUUUGGGGAAGCCGGUACCAACAAGUGCCAUGGGAUACUGCGAAUAUUGGGAGAGGCUAUUCUAGACAGCUUCUACCCACCACGAUGACAUUGCACGCGAAGGUCCACAAAAAGCAAUUACGGGACUUUCUACCCAGAAAGGGCAUUCGUCCGAAGUAA